AUGUAUGCAUAAGAAUUUUUGAAAAACUAUUAUCCUAUAACAAUCAGUUUGCAAUUAAGUUUAUCUUAUUUUUAGUAAGGUUAACUCAUGAAAUAAACUUUAAUAUCCAUUAUUUAAAAAUCAUGCGCCAUACAAGCUUAAGUGGUAACUUUUUUCACUAUCAAAUCAUAAAUGACUGUAUCAUUUUAUAUAGUCUAUACUUUAUAUGAAAAGUAAGCCUCAAUAGUAAAUAUAUUAUCAUAAAUAAUAGGAAUACCAUUUUAAUAAUAAAUUUCAAUAAUAAAAUUAAAUUUAUCCUUAGUAAAAUUACAUUCUGCAGGAAUUUAAACAUAAAUAUGUUGA